AUGACGGUGGGGAGUCAAUUCCCUUCCUCCAGAGCUGAGAAUCAGCACGUGGAAGAGGAUUUGGGAGAUGAAGUCCAUGCGCUGCUAUUGGAUGCAGCUGCAGAGGAUGACGCGAGGAUCUGUUGUGGAGUGGAAAUGUCAUCGCGUGAAGGUCACUUCCAAGUAUAUAAGCUCCAGCCGCUAUUCCCAUUCACUGCCACUACACAGCGACAACAUCGAAGGAAGCAACUGACCUACAUCCUUUGCGAGUUUCUCAGUCGUGGAAAGGUGAGCUUCUUCCAGUGGGAGAAGAAAAUGAAGGUUCAGCUGGCAACGACAAUCUUGGCAACGAUGCUCUUCUUUGCCGCUUUGUGGGAGAGUGUUGAUGCCGGGGGAUGCGAGGAAUCAAAAGUGGGAGAAGAAAAUGAAGGUUCAGCUGCCAACGACAAUCUUGGCAACGAUGCUCUUCCUUGCCGCUUUGUGGGAGAGUGUUGA